UACAAAAUCGAAAGCAUUUUUUUUUUUAUCUUCCCGGAAACAUCCUACAUAGUUCCAUUAACAGGAUGUCCAGCCAAAGCCAUGAUCUGCCCCUGCACGUAGCUUUUUUUCCCUUCAUGUCCCAUAGCCAUAUGAUGGCAACUAUAGACGUAGGCAAGCUUUUUGCUUCACGAGGUCCCAAAGUAACAUUUAUCACCACCCCUUCCAAUUCUCCUCUUUUUUCCAAAUCAAUCCACAAAAGCCAAGAAAAGGGUCACCAAAUCACACUUCAUAUUAUCAAAUUCCCUUCAUCGCUAAUUGGAUUACCAGAAGGGUGUGAGACUCUUAAUUUUGUUAACCCCCCUCAACUAAAGGAAAGAUUUCUUAAGGUGAUUCCUUUGUUAGAGCAACCUUUGGAUGAGUUCCUCCGAAAGCAUCGUCCUGAUCUUCUUGUGGCUGACACUAUCUUUUCAUGGGCUAACAAUCUCGCUGCUAAACAUGGGAUUCCAAGGCUGGUGUUCCAUGGAACAUGUAAUUUCGCUAUAUGUGCUUCCCUGUGCAUCCAUUCCUCUACGCCUCACAAUAAAGUCUCGUCUGAUUCUGAACCCUUUGUCAUACCCAAUCUUCCUGGGAAUAUCGAGUUUUCGAGGAACCAGCUGCCAAGUUUUAUGAAGCUUGAAGAUGAUGAAACUGAGAUGUCUAAAGUGUUCAGGGCUUCUGCAGAUUCAGACUCCAAAUGCUAUGGGGUCAUAGUGAACAGCUUUUACGAGCUUGAGCCAGCUUAUUCGGAUUUCUACAGGAACGUUCUUGGAAGAAAGAUCUGGAACAUAGGCCCAGUCUCGCUCUGCGGUGAUGACUCUGAAGUAAAAGCAAACAGGGGAAAUCGAGCUACAGCUUCAAACAUUAACCACGAAUGCCUGAAGUGGUUAGACCACAAGGAACCAAAUUCAAUAAUUUACAUAUGUUUUGGAAGCACCACAAUGUUCACUAACGAGCAGCUAAAGGAGAUAGCUCUAGGUCUGGAGGCAUCAGGAAUGGAAUUUAUCUGGGUUAUAAAUAAAAGCAAGGAAGAAGACGACACGGAAAACGAAGGAUGGGUCCCCAAAGGAUUCGAAAAUAGAACGAAAGAGAAGGGAUUGAUUUUGAGAAAUUGGGCUCCCCAGUUGCUGAUUCUUGGACACAGAGCAGUAGGAGCAUUUGUGACACAUUGUGGAUGGAACUCAGUGAUGGAAGCUGUGGCUGCUGGUGUGAUUAUGGUGACUUGGCCUGUGGGGGCUGAACAGUUUUUCAACGAGAAGCUGGUGACUCAGGUUCUGAAAGUUGGGGUCAGUGUUGGGGUUCAAAAGUGGGUUCGAUGGGUGGGAGAGAGUGUGAAGCAUGAAGCCAUAGAGAGAGCAAUGAGGAACGUUAUGAGUGGGGAGGAAGCAGAAGAGAUGAGAAUUAGGGCAAGAGGUUUUGCUGAGAAGGCACGAGAAGCUGUUGCAGUGGGGGGAUCGUCUUAUAGUGAUUUAAGCUCUUUGAUUGGGGAGCUUCUGUCUCUCAAUUCUUAGAGGGACUUCGAUGCUGUGGAUUUUUAUGAAACCGAGAAUAGACGAGCAAGAAUAUCCCUGCAUCCUUUUUUUUGUUUGGUGAAUGGAGUGUUUGUGGAAAUGGCAUCUAGGAGAUUGGAUUUGAGGGAACCAUUCUAGAUUUUGUUUUUGGAGAAGCAUCCGGCUAUUAUUCUGGGUUUCAUCCUUGCUUCUUGCUUCAACUGAAAAGAUGCACGGGGUUGAAGAUAGUGAUGAACAAAAUCAAAUCUCAAUCGGGUUUGGAAGAAAGAAAAAACGAAGAUGAUCAACGAUGAAGAUGGUCGUCCAUCGGAAACAUUUGAGAAGAUAAUGGAAAAUCAAAGUUUUGGAAGAUGAAGUUCACAAUUGAUGGUUUGCAUAAUCACAAAGCCAGUGGAGGACCUGCGAUUGUAUUAAAUCACAGAAUCAAAUGUUUUGAACUACCAACGGUGGUUUAAUUUGAUUGUUGAGAGUUAAGUUAGGUGGAGGAAGCAUCAUUAUGGGGCAUAUUAGUCGUACAUGAGAAUGAGAUGGGUAGGUGAUUAAGGACAAGCGAGCGUAAUUAUGAAACGUACUAAAUAUUAUUUAACUCAAAUGAUGAAUGCGUUAAUAUUGAAGAAAAAAAGCUAUAAAGUAUAACCAACCACAAUUACAAGGCCCUUGACCGGGCAAAGCAAAAUGAGUUGUA